UCCUCCUCCUCGCCCCCUCCCCGGCCACCCCCGAGGAGCUGCUGGUGGCCACCUCCGCCGGCGCCGUCCGCGGCUUCCACGUCCCCGCCGGCCCCUCCUCGCGCGUGGCCGCCUUUUUGGGGAUCCCCUACGCCGAGCCCCCCGUGGGACCCCUGCGCUUCGCCCCUCCCCGCCCCGCCCGGCCUUGGGGAGGGGUCCUGGACGCCCUCUCCCACCCCCACGCCUGCUUCCAGCCGGUGGACACCAUGUUCCCCGGCUUCGGCGGCUCCGAGAUGUGGAACCCCAACCGCGAGAUGAGCGAGGAUUGUUUGUACCUCAACAUUUGGGCGCCGGAGCCGCGGCCCGAAACGCCGGCGCCGGUGCUGGUGUGGAUUUACGGCGGCGGCUUCUACAGCGGCGCCGCCUCGCUGGACGUCUACGACGGGCGGUUCCUGGCGGCGGCCGAGGGGGUUUUGGUGGUCUCCAUGAACUACCGGGUGGGCGCUCUGGGGUUUUUGGCGUUGCCGGGUCACCCCGAAGCUCCCGGCAACGUGGGGUUGCUGGACCAGCGGUUGGCGUUGCGUUGGGUGCAGGCCAACAUCGCGGCGUUCGGCGGCGACCCCGGCGCGGUGACGCUGUUCGGCGAGAGCGCCGGCGCGGCCUCGGCGGGGCUGCACCU